AUGGUAGUAACCCGCAAGGGACAAUCUACAACGACUCAACCGAUUCCCCCCGCCGAGAACAAUACCGCUAUGAACAACCAAGAACAAUACCCGUAUGGGAUGCCUCAGACUCAACCGGACCCUGUGAUACAAGAAGUCCGUCUGAAUGCUAACCAAGCCCAGCCCGACCUUCAAGAUGACAUGCGCGCCUUGCGAGAGGAGAUGGCGGCCAUCCGUAGACAGAGAGAAGCCGAUGCCCGAGAACUUGUUGAGCUUCAUCGGAAAAAUGCCGAGCUCCGAAGCCUAAACCAAACUUACGUGCCGUCAACUCCCACGCUCCAAGAAGAGUCGGCGUAUCACGUCCCGACCGACCACAUGACCCGAACGCCAGUCACGUCCCUAAUAGGCAACAAGGCCGACACCAGUGUUCACUCUCUAAGACACCCUUUCUCGAGAAGGAUCAUGGAAGCAACACUUUUGGACCACAGGAAGAGUAUACCGAUUGAGAAGUACGAUGGGUCAACCGACCCCGAGGAGCGCUUGAAUGUUUUCCUAACUCAAGCAACCCUCUCAACUCAAGAUGACUCGGCAUUGUGCCGAAUAUUCCCCAUGUCGUUGAAGGGAAGGGCAUUGAGCUGGUUUACGAGGACAACCUCGCUAGCCUUGGCGGGGGUUCGUCAGGAGAAGAAGGAAAGCCUGAGGAGCUUCAUGGACCGAUUCAACAAGAUCGCCAUGGAGAUAGGCGAUCUGAACCCGGCCGUGGCCCUGGACCGGUUGAUAACUGCUCUUAAGCCGGGGCCGUUUGCCAGGGCCGAGGAGGCCUAUAACAGGAAGGAACCGGGCAGGGAACCAACGAGAAAGGCCGCGAACGCCGAGCCCUCGAACCCUCGUCCGCCGAGAGGACCGCGUUACACCGCGUACACUCCCCUCAAUGCGAGCAGGCCAAAGGUAUUGGAGCAGGCCCUCGCAUCCGAAGUACUGGUGAUACCCAAGCGGGCGAACACACCACCGAGGGAUGACAAGGCUAAGUCGUGCCGAUUCCAUCGAAACCGGGGCCAUUCGACUAAAGAAUGCUCGGCGCUGAAGGACAAACUUGAGGACCUCAUCAAGCAAGGUCAUCUCGGGAACUUUGUAACACCGCAAGAUCAUCGAACAAGAGGGCGAGAUCAACACCCUCGCGAAGCACCAUCGCAGAGAGACCGACGCCACAGGUCUCGAUCAACCGAAAGGAGAGACCACUCCCGAAGCGUCCGAGAAGACAACAGCCGACCGAGGAAGAUAAUCAACACGAUAGCAGGAGGUUUUGCCGGGGGAGGUUCCACAUCUUCCGCUCGGAAAAGACAUCUCCGAGCGGUACGAUCAAUAAAUAGCGUGAACCAGUCAAGAACGUCGAAAAUGCCUCCGAUCACCUUCUCUGACCGAGACUUCCGAGGCGUCGAUCCCGUCCAAGACGACCCCAUGGUGAUUUCGGUGGAAAUGCACAAUUGCAUCGUGAAGAAGACUUUGGUCGACCAGGGGAGUUCCACCGACAUCUUGUACUGGAACACAUUCAAGCAGCUCGGGAUCCCGGAGGAAAGCCUAGAGCCAUAUCACGAGCCACUAGUCGGGUUCUCCUGCGAAAGGGUAAUGACCAGAGGGAGCAUUGACUUGUACACUCGGUUUGGGUUUGACCAGAAGUCCUCACGAGAGAUCAAAAUCCGAUACAUCGUGGUGCAUGCAAACACAUCAUACAACAUCCUACUGGGCUGA